GUUCCCGUUUUGCCCUUCCCUGUUCUUUUAUGCUUUUCUUAUCUUCAAAAAAAAAAAAUCUACGAGCAAGAACAAAAAAAAAAAAAACUGUCUAUGUACCAACAAGAGACUAGUUGUCAGAUAAAUAUACGCGAGAUGAGAAGCUCCAUUUGAAAACCCUAGAGCUCAUCAUCAUCAUCUCUCUCUCCAGGUACACCUUUUUGUUUUUUCGUGUUUUGGUUUCACCGGCGUGGAUCUCCGGUGAGGGGAGAUUCCGAAAUUUUUUGAAGAGAUUUAGAUCAUGUAUAGAGAGAGGGGUAUGGUUGGAUCGAAGUAACAGCCUCCUCCCUCUUGAUUGGGAAGCAGCAAUUGCAUGACAGAGAUUCACGUUCUGCUCAUGCUGUGGAUAUAUCAGACACAGACAGCGAAGAAUCAGAGGUUAGUGGUUCUGAGGGAGAAGACACCUCAUGGAUAUGCUGGUUCUGCAACCUACGAGGGAACGAGUUCUUCUGUGAAGUUGAUGAUGAUUACAUCCAGGAUGACUUUAACUUGUGUGGACUCAGCCAUCAAGUUCCUUACUACGACUAUGCCCUUGAUUUGAUUUUGGAUGUAGAGUCUUCCCAUGGUGAGAUGUUUACAGAGGAACAGAAUGAAUUGAUCGAGUCAGCAGCAGAGAUGCUUUAUGGGAUGAUUCAUGCUCGUUACAUAUUGACAAGCAAAGGGCUGGCUUCUAUGUUAGACAAAUACAAAAACUAUGACUUUGGAAGAUGCCCAAGAGUUUAUUGUUGUGGGCAACCUUGUUUACCAGUUGGUCAAUCUGAUAUCCCUCGAGCGAGCACGGUAAAGAUAUAUUGCCCCAAAUGUGAAGACGUGUAUUACCCACGAUCAAAGUACCAAGGAAACAUAGAUGGAGCAUACUUUGGGACAACGUUUCCACAUCUGUUCUUGAUGACGUACGGACAUCUGAAGCCACAAAAGGCAUCACAAAGCUACACUCCAAGAGUGUUUGGGUUCAAGUUACACAAGCCGUGAAGGAAACAAGGAAGAAGGAUAUACUCUUGGGUGUGGAGAUACAACAAAGGAAGAAGAUGAUUUGUACCCCUUGGGUGUUGAAAAACAAGAAAUGUGUGUAAACGAAAUCAAAUCAAAAAAAAAAAAAGCGCUGUUUGUAUCAUUGAAGGUGAAACUAGUUCUCUCUCUCUCUCUCUCUCUCUCUCUCUCUCUUUCUAUCUCUUUCUGUGUGUUUUGUAUUGUGUCCUUAGGUUUAGUAGUUAAACAUUAGCAGCAUGGACUGGUGAAGUAAGAUCCCAUAUUUAUAUCCAAUUGUAAUACUUAACCUUAUUGUUCUUUUUU